UCGAAAACCCUAGGUCUAAGAAGAGCAACCGUUUGGUUCGUUUGACGAUUUUGUUUAUCUGUUGUUAAACAAUGGGAAGAGGAAAAUUCAAGGCAAAGCCCACCGGUCAGCGCCACUUCUCUACUCCUGAACAGAUGCUUGCUGGUACUUCUACUCGUCCUCGCACUUUCAAGCGGCAAGAAGCUGAAUACAAAGAGGAAGAAGAAUCUGAGGAGGAACAUGGACAGGAGUCUGAAGAAGAAUCUGAUGACGAAACUGAACAAAAGCGCAAGGGAAUUCAAGGUGUGAUCGAGGUCAACAACCCUAAUUUGGUGAAGCCAAAGAACUUGAAAGCUACAGAUCUCGAUGCUGGUAAAACUAGUGAACUAUCUAGGCGUGAAAGGGAGGAACUAGAAAAGCAGAGAGCCCAUGAGCGAUACAUGAGGCUGCAAGAGCAGGGGAAAACAGAACAAGCAAGGAAAGAUUUGGAACGCCUAGCCCUUAUUCGUCAACAGAGAGAAGAAGCUGCUAAAAAACGAGAGGAAGAAAAAGCUGCGAGGGAGCAGAAGAAGGUCGAAGCUCGAAAAUGACAGUCCUUCUUGCAAAGCUUCAUACACAGCAAGUGUUUCUUCCAGUAUAUGAUUAUAUGGGUGCUUUCUACAGUUUAGCUAUCAGGUGGGUUAUAUUCAAAGUUUGAGCUUUUGUUAUUUUAUUUUUCGUUAAAAUGUGAUGGUUACUACUCAUUACUAUACUGUUUUCCCUAUUUGGUGGCACAUAAUUUGAUAACUAUGUUUCUGUUUUUCCGUUGCCAAA